AAUACAUCUCCACUGAAACCCACCACCACCACCACUUUCCCCACGGUGGUAUUGCAUAUGAGAGGAAAGCUGUAGCCUUAUACCAAUUAUUAUUUCUUUUCCUAUAUCCAACAUGCCUAGGAGCGAGCCAUGAUCCAUCUUUUCCUCUUUAUACGAUACCUUCCACCAUAUCCCUCCUAGUGAAAGGAGCAAAAAGCAGCAGACAUUGGUUGAUAUUGCCCCACACACAUAUUAAAACUAAAGUGAUAGAAAUAGAAAUAGUGGUGGAUUUUGCCUUCUAAACAUACUUUCUCCCUCCGAAUAGUGCAUGCUGUUACUACUGCUCGUCUACUACUGUUACUUCUUCUUCGAGAGUGGAUGAUGAUGCUGCUGCCUCUGCUGCUACUGCUGCUGGUGCCCUUCCGACAAGGUUCAGUUUUGUGAUAGUGAUUCCGCCACGGCAGGCAGCAUACGGCAUUAUACGACGACGAAGACGACUAUAUCUGCGAGAACUAACUACUUAUUUGGCAAGAAUCAGGAAGCAAGAAGAAAGCAAGUGGGGAGAGGAGUUGUUGGUGGUGGUGUAUUUCUUUCUGAAAACUUGUAACGUGUAUCCUGUACCGAGAGGAAAGCACUGCUGAAGAUCCCACUGAUAUACAUAUAAUAAUAUAUACACUGCCUCAGCUCUUCUGUCGUGAGAGAGAGAGAUCGAGAAAUAUUCGCAUUUUUCAACCACUCCACCAACCAACCUCUCCAUCCGUAUUGUUCAAUUGUUCACCACGCCGUUGUUCGGGUCCAGCCAGGAACAAAAUGUGCAAAAGGGAGUCAGCACAAGUAGAAAUGUGGUAGAUUACAUCAUAUCUCGAAAUUCUCUCCAUCUGCAUCUGUUCGAAUCCCUACUACUUGUUACUUUACACACUCCUCCCUUGGUGUACGUACCCACACGGAAAAAAAUUUCAACUUUCACCACCACCUUGCAAAUCUCUGAACGGGACUAAUCUCUAUUAUGAGAAGGAACUGAGCCAAGGACAAGGCAUGAAAAAUCACAUCUCCGAAACAGCAAUACUAAAUAACAAUACUAUGAGUUAAGGGUUCUUCCAGUUUUCGUGAAAAGUUGACUCUUUCAGCAACUCCAACUGUUUCAUCAAUUAACUUGUUUGUAUUCGUAUAAAAAAGUGCUCCAAUCUGGAUUUAUGAGCAGCUAAAAACUUUCUUCUUCCUCUUCUUCCUCCUCCUUUUCUUGAUCUCUUCCCUCUCUCCCGACAUCAUCCCGACUAUACUUACUUACCACCACCCGGUCAUUUCUCUUCUUCACACGUCCAUCCAACCAACUAUAGCCCCACAUACGAACGUACAUCCAUCCAUACUACUUUCUCCCCCAGCAGAAGAUCAAUUGAUAUUGCAACCUCAUCCCAAUCUUUAUGUGAAAUAUAUGGCAAUGCAUGGCAAAGAGGCAAUACAAUAGAGGCGGACGCAGCAACUACUAUCUCUACACAAAGACGCUGAGCUGAAUACCAAUUCAUCUUAGAAGACGAAAGUGGUGGGAGCAGAUUGUAGUAGUGUAGACGAAGAAGAAAUACACGUUUUUAUGGAGCUGGAGAUACAACAUAUAACAACUUCUACUACAUAAUAAUACUACUUAUAAGGCUCCCUUCAUUUGCUAUUACCACUUUCACCUCAAGAUUCUUACCCGCCGUCUACUUUCACUGGAGGUGUUGGAAUUCGGACGAAUUAAGAAAACGGAUACUUUCCUCUUCAUAAUUGAUUCGGGAUUAGCGUUUCCUUUUCUCUCCCGUAUUUACACUGCUGCUGGAGAACGAGGAUACAUGCGAGAGUGCUUGGUUUUACCACGGCUUAAAAGGUUUGGUGAAAGUGGGUGGUUUUGUGGGUGGAGUGGAGUGUUUGAGUGGUUUUGAGAGGUGGAGAGAGAGCGAGAGGUUGGAGAAAACUGACUAAAUUUCAAGGACCUCCGCUGAAGCCAAAACCAUCCUGCCUUUUUGGUCUUAUCAAAAAUCAACGAAACAUUGCAAACUUUAAGAUAGGAUUAUUAACCCAACGAAAAACUUAACCUGCUGCCAAUACUUGUAGUAACUACAUAUUUAACAGAAAAAUGACGAAGGACAGAUUAGCCGCUUUAAGAGCGGCCCAAAGCGACGAUGAUGAGUCCGACAUGGAUGAGGUGGCGCUUAACAUGGAGCCACGCGACGGCUUCAUGGACGAGUUUUUUGCAGAAGUGGAAGAGUUACGGGGAAUGGUGGAAAGGGUGCAAAAUGACACCGAGCAAGUUAAGAAAACUCAGAGUGCCAUUUUAUCUGCCCCCACGACAGAUGAAAAAAUGCAACAUCAACUCGAAGAUCUUAUGGCUGUCAUUAAAAAGACGUCAAAUCAAAUCCGUCAACGGCUUAAAACAAUUGAACAAAGUAUCGAUCAAGCCGAACAAUUUAGUGAAUCUCCUGCUGACGUUCGAAUAAGAAAAACGCAACAUGCCACCCUCUCGAGAAAGUUUGUCGAGGUAAUGACAGAGUACAAUAGGACUCAGACAGAUUACCGAGAAAGGUGUAAAGGGAGAAUUCAGAGACAAUUGGAAAUUACUGGUAAAACAACGACGGAUGAGGAACUCGAAGAAAUGUUGGAACAAGGAAGUGCAGCCGUAUUCACUCAAGGGAUUGUAAUGGACGAGCAACAAGCCCGUCAAACGUUAGCCGAUAUCGAAGCCCGUCACGCCGACAUUAUCAAGUUAGAAACAUCAAUUAGAGAACUUCACGACAUGUUUGUCGACAUGGCUGUCCUCGUAGAAAGCCAGGGAGAGAUGAUUGACAGAAUUGAAUACCAAGUAGAUCAUGCUGUAGAAUAUGUAGACCGUGCAAAUAGAGAUAUGAAAAAGGCUCGAGAGUACGAAAGCAAAGCGAGAAAGAAAAAGUUGAUGAUUAUGGCCUGCCUGCUCGUAGCUGGAGGAAUCGGAGUGUCCGUGGUGGCAGGAACUCUUGGCUUUUAAAGACUCGUCACUACUAGUUGAUAACCUAAUUGAUCCUAGACAACUAUCUAUUUAACUCCUCCAACCAGCUAUAAUACAAUACGAUUAUACUACUACAUACAAAGUAGGCAGGAACUACAUACAUCGUCUAUCGUCAUCACCACCACCAAAGAAGACGUGGAAGAAAAGUCGUCAAGUCAUAAAACAAUCAGUCAUCACAUAACUUGAAAUUGUGGCAAAUCAAUCAGAUCCUCAUCACACCCUAAAAAUGACCCGAUCGGAAAAUAAGGUUUUUAAAAAUUAUUAUACUCUCUACUAAAAAGUUCAACAAAUCCAAAAAGUUAACCUUUUCCAAACCUUUCACCUGCUGUGCUAAAUUAUAUACAUAAUUCGAGCCUAGAACUUAAAAAAAUAUGCCAUAAUUCCAUCCGGACUGACGGCAUUGAGUACUUUACAUGGCUCGAAUUGUGAUUAAUUUAAUUCAGAAAUAUCAAAAUCAAAUGAGAAAAACCGAGUAAUAUUAAUAUAUAGAUUUUUAGGCUAAUUACCAAAACCAUGCACAACACAACAAUCCUUUAAGAAAAAAGUGGCUUUCGCUGGCAAAGUUUUUAUUAACGUCUAUGUACUUACCAUAGCCGUAACCUCGGCUAAUAAGGUUGCUAUUAUUUCUUGUGACAGUUUGCAAAAAAAGAGAGUAGAAAGAAAACAUGCAUGCUUCCUUAGCUCAAAAUUAUUAUAGGAAAUAUUGCGUUUACGUAUCAGCAUUAGUAGGUACGUAGAUGAAAAUUAUGCAAAUGAGGUCGUGCAGGAUAAGUAGUGGAAGAUGGGGGCUUACCUUUUUAUUAGUGAAGUAUUAUCCAGAUUGUGGUCAAAGGUCGAAGGUCACGAGGAGACUUUUUGGUGGUGACUUUCACCAGGUGAGGAGAAGUGUGAGGUCAAUAACCGAUACGAGUCCAUUUUUCUCCACUGAUUUUCGCCACCUGACGAAAUUGAGUCCACUACUUAUCUUAUCGGGUUGUUAUCAAGUAAGGAAAUGGAUAUCAGUUUGGCUACUUAAUUUCGCUUAAUUACUUGUUAAAGUGCCAUGAAAUAUUUACAGAGGUAAAAGCUUCCGGUAAGCUGUGCUGCUUAAAAAAGUAUUCGUUGGUUGAUCGUGCAUUCGAAAUGAAAUUGUGCAAUUAUUUCGUUUAGAAGCACAAAAUCUGAUUACACAUACAUAGAUGCCAUAUAAAUUUUCAUACAGCGAAAAAAUAGUGCUACAAAAAUAGUGUAGAUACAUAACAGGAAUCGAACAAUCUCCACCAUAUUUGCCAGUUUUCACUUGAUUUAUCAAUUUGUGAUGACAUUUCAAGACUACGAACCACCACCUACUCUCUGUCACUGUUUCACUGUUUGUUAUCAUAUGAUUUAUCCAAAAACCUCUCAUCCAUCUGAUUAAUGCUGACUGACACAUAAAUCUCAUCCUACUUUCACCAUUGUCAGUCAAACUCUCGUCAUCGUCGCCGUCAUGUCAUCAUCAUCAUCAUCAUCGUUGUCUAUUUUACUUGAAAAACUAUACAAAUUAUUGAGGCAGAUGUCAAAAGGCUUUCAUUAGAUAGCAACCAAAUAACUCUACUGUAUUAUUGUGGUGGUAAUAAUAUUAUAAAUAACGAACGUCAUUACAAUUACUACAGUACAUUAAGAUGAAGUAUUAAAUAAGUACUUGACACACUGCGUACCGUAGAUAGAGGUGAUAUUAGAAGAUGUAAGAUUUCCUAAAUAAUUUGAAUUUUAUCUCUAACUCUCUAAUUCCUACAUGUAGCCGAAACCCCACAAAUUUCUUAUCCUUCUUACUUACUAAUUAAUUAAUUAAUUAACAAAACUAAUCCACUAACCUUUUCACUUACUCUCUCGCACUUUUUCUCUCUAUUUCUCUGAUUGACGAGCACUACAUAAUAAUAAUUGUUGUUUUGUGACAGUGUGAACAGAAUAUUACAUAAUAAUUAUAUAUAUAUAUAAUUAGUUAAUUAAGGUAAUAAGUACUACACCAAAAAACUAGCGGAUUCCUUAGUCAUUGCCUUUAACACGGAAUUUCAGACUCAUUCUUGAAACAUAAGUGAUCUUGCAAUUCCGUGAAUAAUGCGUACUACUCGUUCGUACUCAUAACAUGAAACUCACACAGAGAUAAUGAUAGAGUGUGGAAUUAAAAAUAGUGCAUUAAUUUCGAGGAGCAUUAAAAACUGAAUUUAUUAAUUGUUUAAUAUGAUGGUAUGAAGUCAUAUUAUUAGAAAUAAUGUUGAGUACAUAUUUGCAUAUGUACUUAUUAGCAGUGUUGUUUGCUUAUGUAUUUAUACUUCUCAAUUAUCUCAAAAAGUUGAUAGGACAGAGACGAAGGAGAAAAAAACUUUUACGAGAAAUUAAACGAAGUGAAAUUUCCAGUUCGAAAACUGCCUGUAAUGUAAUAAAAAGUUUUGCAAUGAAGUUUGGUCGGAUUUGUUGGGAGCGAGAGAGCAAGAGAGAAAGGAUGAGGAUGUUAAAAAAUGACGAGUAUUAUACAGAAACAUACAUUGUAUGCAGGCUAAUGGAAUAUGGACACAGGAUAAGUUAAGUUGACGCAUUAAUUUUUCUUUCAUCAUCCAAUUACAAACUCAUUUUAUCUCAAUUUUCUCUGAGCAGAAAGCAAUAUGUAUAAUUACCUGCCUGUGAAAAUGAAACAGAUUUUGUACAUCAUCACUCUGGUGUGUUAUGGAAAAGAGAAAGCUUUUUUUCCAUAAUGAUAGAUACAUAAUACGCGUGAUGUCAGUCGUAAAAGUGGAAAAUCCGUGGAAAUGGUGCUUAAUUGGACACGACGACCGGAGGAAAUGUCACAAAUCAGCUCAGACCUGAUCCAGCAAUACUUUUUAAUAUCUACGUACAUAAAACCGAAAAAAAUGAAGGAUGAUGAUUACAAGAGAUUCAUUUUCAUUAGCCUGUAAAAUAUGUAAUAAACGAGCCGUUUGUACAGAAAUACAACGAAUCCAACGAUUGAUUGAUUGAUAAGCGAAUGGAUAAGGAAAAAAUGGACAGAUUGCAGACUACUUAUUGUUAAAUACUUAAAUAUGAAUAAUUACAUAUUAACUACAUAAUACAUAUUUAGCAAGCUGUUUAUUACGCUGUUAAUAAUAAUCUAAAUAGUAAUAAUCUAACAAACUUACUAAUACGGAAAAAUGCAAAUAUUAUGACAUUAUACAAUUUAUUUAUACAUAAACAAACAAUGCAUUCAGUUUUAAAGGAACAUAUAGCUAACAUGCACAUAUAAAUUAGUUACUUAUAUCACAAGUAAAACAAUACACACACAAAAAAUACUACAAAUUCAAUCUCUGUGUUGUCCUCAAGCAAUAAAGUAUUCAUAAUCACAUCACUAUUAAUUAUUAAACACAGACAGAAAUAUUGUUUUGUGGUCAAUAUUAAUUACUACUUGUUAAAUAAUAACACGAAAAGGAAAGAGGUAAACGAUGAUCGAGUGCAUUAAACAUAUGAAUGAUUAUUAAUUAAUUAAUCAAUCAAUUAAUUAAUUAUGCAAUUAAUUCACUCAAACUAAACAUUAUGUUGUAUAGAAAAGUCCAUACAUACUUGCAUUUGAUUCACGAUAUACUUUCUUAAUAAUCGAUCGAUAGUGAUAACGAUAAAAAGGGGCUUGAAGAAAUUCUUCUCCUGAGAUUUUUGGGUGAUAGUAACAAAUUUUAAUAAAAAAACACACAAUGCAAACUUAGAAAAGUUUCCAUUUAUUUAUGCACGUAAUUAAGAAUUAUUAUGAAGUAUUUGUUGUUGUUGUUGCUGUUGUUGUUGUCAUUAUUAUUAAGCAUAUACAUAAAUACUACAUGUACAUACGGAGAAAGAAGGAAGGAAAGUCUUUUAUUAGUGAGAGAGUGAAAGAAAGCAGAAAAUAUAUAAUAAUUAUAAAAUAAUUAAUAAAUGCUGUUGCCAUUAUUAAUUAAAUGACUCUGUGUAUUUAAAAGUGUAUCAUGUCAAUCACAUGCCCGAGUUUCAUGAGUAAUAGAUACUUAAAAAACUAGAAAGAGAUGAGAUGACGAUGAAAUUGGUAGUGCAGUGCAUUUAUAAUUUUGAGGCCUGUACAGUCAAUCAAUCAAUUCUUAAAGAAUACAUACAUAAAAAAUGCAUUAUGUAAAUGCAGUUCAAUAUGAGUAAUGAUAAGGUGUAGAGUUAGAUGACUAAAAAUAUGUAAAUUAAAAUAAUAAUGACGAAUUAGUUUUAAAUGCUUUGUAAGAAUUAUAAUCAUGAUCUGCUUAAAAGGAGGAGAAAGAAUUUAGUGUGAUGAAGAAGUUGACCGAUUUUUUAACAAGUACAAGAGAUUUAGUUUGUCUAAUAAAGUAAAUCUUACAAUUCUGUGCUAUUAUAUUGUUACUGAUAA